AUGGCGAACGACGAUGCGCGCCACGCGGCGCUGAUGCAGAUCAUCCAAAACGGCUACAGCUCGUCCGCGAUCGAAGACACGUAUUUCAAUCUAAUGGAUUACGAAACCUUCACGGGGUUACCUCGGAACGAUGCCUCUGGCUCGGAACCGGCGUAUUUGUCCGCGAGCGAUUUGAGCACGCAAUACCUGGAAACGCUGGUCACGCCAGCCAUUCCGGGGAUUGCCAUCGCCUCUUUAUUGUUCAUCGUGUGCUUUUUGGUGGUGUUCUUGCGCGUGUGCACGAAAUGCUGCGCCAUGUGCUGCCCCGGGAGUUGCUGGGACGAGAAGUGUUUCAGACCCAAGGAGUACACCUCGAGACAGCUGAAAAUUACAAAGUGGGCGAUGCUGGUCUUUUGCAUCAUCGGAGGCAUCGGGUGCGUUUUGGUCUUCUCUCAAGGAACGGAAGUGUCCAAAGGAGUCACUGAUUUCGGAGACGAACUCGUCAACACGACGAAGUCGCUCGAGGUGAUCAUCAACGAUUGGUACGCCGCGCUCGUCCAGGCGUCCCAAGAAGGGUCGGAAGAUCUCGCCGAUUUGCAAUCGAGCAGCGUCGACAUCUCAUCGUCCGUGGUUGAUUUUAAUGAUCAAAUCAAAGGUGUCGCGGAGAAAAUUGAAUUGUCUUUCAUGGUCGUCGCGGCUAUCGUUUUCAUCGUAGCUAUCAUCGCGACGGGUUUGGUAUGCCUCGGCUGGUCGACCAUGUUGAUGUUGUUCUUUUUCACUUUGUCUUUGGUCAUGAUCGUGUGCUGGAUCGUCUUUGGCGCUCUUGGUACCAUCGGAACUUUGAUCGACGACAUCGCCCUUGGUUUUGAUGCCUUUGCCAUGGAUGCAAACAUUCAAAACGCGUUUCCGACCGGUUCGUCUCUUUGCCCGAGUCGAUACAACUCCGCCUCGAGCGUCAACGAAGAUUUACGUUCCACGUACUACGACAUCAUCAACGAGAUACAACCGAAAGCGGCGGAUCCUGCAAUCUGCCCCACCUGCAGUCCAGUGUCUCAAAUUUACAACAAGGUAUCCGUGGAUGAUUAUUGCAACUGGUAUAAAAGUCAAAAUGAUAAAUCCGAUCUCUACUACGCCGAUCCGGUCUGCAGAAAUCACUACUUGGACGUACAAAAAUACGGCGGUUGGGCGUACAUUCCAAAAACCGUGGAUACCGGGAAAAUCGACCCAACUGCGGGUGGUGGACAAUACACGAAAUGUGAUUUUACCACCGCGCAAAUUGCUGGCGGGGCGACAUGCGGCCAAAACCAGGUCGCCUCUGAUGCUUACGAUGAAUUCGUGGCGCUCUUCAACAACCUCGGGUACGUUCUGGCCGUUGAAGAUUCCGUCGGCCAACUCAUCACGUGCGACUUUGUUCAAUCGGAAACCGCGGAAAUCACCUCGACCUUACACACCGUCGUUGAUGCGCUCAAAGUUCUCUGGGGUGGCUUCCUCAUGCUCGGCAUGUCUUAUUUCGUCAUGUGGGUAAUCCUCUUAGUCGCGGUCUCGCGAAUCGCGAACCCGCAACUCAACGUGGAUUCGGGCGAAUACGACCCUCAAUGGGCGGAAAAACUCUCCAUGCCGAGAAGAUAA